GGAAAGGUCCUGUUUACAUGCGUGGUAUAUCCUCCUCCCAGAAGAGUCAACGUAGACGACAGAAAUUAAAUGAUUUUUAUGGUUUCGGAAGGAUAAUUUGUGUGCAACGUCUUAAACAUACAGGAAAGGUGGAAAAGUUGUGGUUCUUCAUAUCUUCCUGAAGUUAAGUUAUAGCUCUUGUGCGACAAUAACUUGCCGAUAAGUUUGAGACAGACCUCGCUGUCUGAAUUUUUGUAAAUGGCGUCGACAAAUGAUCCAUUUGAAUUUCAGGAAUUUGAAGAAGCUGACAAUCUGUUGGGAGCCAACAGAGAUUCAACUACCAUCAGCAUCGAGGAUAUAAAUGUGAGGCCCCAGCAGCAAAGCAGCGCUACUGGUUUUUCUCCAGAAGCUGAUGCUGAGGACUCACUUGCCAGUGAUGACAAGGCAGAGCUUCUCUCUGGGCAAAAGAAAAGUCCCCCUUUCUGGUCUUUUGAGUAUUACCAAAGGUUCUUCGACAUUGAGACCCAACAUGUAAAGCAAAGGAUCAUUGGAUCAAUGCUGCCAUGGCCCGGAAAGAACUUUAUUCAUGUUUACCUCCGUAAAAAUCCUGAUCUCUAUGGACCAUUCUGGAUUUGCACCACUCUCAUCUUUGCCACUGCCAUAAGUGGAAACAUGUCCAACUUUUUGGUGCAUAGGGGCAAACCUAACUUUAAGUAUACCCCAGAGUUUCAGAAAGUGACUAUAGCUGCAACAGUAAUCUACAGCUAUGCUUGGUUGGUGCCUCUUGCCCUCUGGGGUUUUCUGCUAUGGAGAAACAAUAAGAUCGUGAACUUAGUGUCAUAUGCCUUUAUGGAGAUUGUCUGUGUGUACGGAUAUUCGCUUUCAAUUUACAUACCUGCAGUGGUUCUUUGGAUUCUCCCAUUUGAAUGGCUGAGUUGGUUUACCAUUGUGGUGGCACUCUGCCUCUCUGGCUCAGUACUAGUUAUGACUUUCUGGCCUGCAGUCAGAGAUGACCACCCCAGAGUUAUCAUUGCAUUCCUGUCAGCAAUUGUGUUGCUCAACAUCCUGCUGGCUGUGUUUUGUAAGACCUACUUUUUUAGCAAACCUGAACCAGAACCAGUAGUUGACAUGUCUCCUGCAACUGCAGCACCAUUGAAGACAUGAAAGACUUGCAUUGACUGGAGGAGUUUUGGCUCAAGCUUUCAUCUUUGUGACCUGCUAAGGCCGAACAUCUGACCAGGACUUCCUGUACAUGAUUUUGCCGUGCCAAAGCAAGUGUUAUCCUUUUAUUUGAAUUGCAGGUUCUCGGGUUGCCUUAUUGGAGAGAAUCAAGUUGCUGUGGUGAUGAAGUCAUUCAACGUCUGAAUUUCACCUGCACUUGUACAUCCUGACUUAACACCUUAAUCCCCUGUGUGUGUGUCUGUGUGUGUGUGUGUGUGUGUGUGUGUGUGUGUCUGUGUGUCUAUGUGUGUGUGUGUGUGUGUUUCAAAUGUGGGACAUCUAAUAAUGAACAAUAGUUGUAAGGGUGUGGGUUUUGUUUAUUUUUUUCUACUUGGGUCGGGUUCUGAACUUCAUUCAUAUAAAUGGAGUGUGAUUUUAAAAAAGCACAAAGGAUAUAUUUUAGUAUGAUUUUAUACCUCAUCGUUCUUACUUUUUAAAUAUUAUUAUAUUUCAUAAAUGGUGGUGGCGUCAAUGGAAUGUAUUUUUAUCUAUCUACAAUGAGAAAUGGAUCAUUUACAUACAGAAUUUUCUGUGUAAACAACUAUACAUGUUGGUAAGUUAACCAGGGAUUAAUGUUAUUACACGUGGAGCUGUUGAAUGUUACCCUUAUGUUCCUUUAAGUGCCCUCAACUAAUGCCAAGUAGUCAUGUAACUAUUUUUGUCAUUAAUUUGUCCUUAUUAUGAUAAACUGCUUUUGAUUGGAUGUAUAGAAUUCAGUGAUUCAUGGAGAAAAAUAAAACAUGUUUAUUGUGGGAUAUAUUUU